CGCUAGAUACAAGGUAUAGACAUUAUAGUUAUGAUCCAGGGAUGUUGUUUGUCUACUUCGUUGGAUAUCUCUAUUCAGUGCACUAUGCUCCUUGAAUAACGCCAAUCCCCUUAAUGGAGCGCGAUGUUGACUACUACCUAUCGGAUAUAGAGCUUGGGGAACUGGAAUCCACGAUAGACCGCAUUUUCAAUAGCGAGACCAUCCCUGAGCAGGCAGUGUUGAAAUUAUGCAACCGUGCUCGUGAGAUUCUAUCGAAAGAGACCAAUGUCAUAUCGGUAUCAGCUCCAAUUACCGUUGUUGGUGAUAUACACGGGCAACUCUAUGACCUAAAGGAGUUGUUUCGCAUUGCCGGCACUGCCCCUAAUACUAACUUCUUGUUCCUGGGUGAUUAUGUUGAUCGUGGAUACUAUUCCAUAGAGAGUGUGACUCUUAUAUUGUGUUUAAAGGUGCGUUACAAGGAUCGCGUCUUUAUGAUUCGAGGUAACCAUGAGUGCCGCCACAUCACACAGGUAUACGGUUUCUAUGACGAGUGCUUGCGUAAAUACGGCAAUUCUAAUGUAUGGAUUGCACUAACAAACCUAUUUGACUACCUACCUCUUGGUGCUCUUAUAGACGGGCAGAUAUUCUGCCCUCAUGCUGGAUUAUCUCCUUCUCUGGACUCCCUGGACCAAGUUCGUGACCUUAAUCGUAUACAGGAAGUACCUCAUGAGGGACCAAUGUGCGAUUUGUUAUGGUCAGACCCUGAGGAACGCACGGGUUGGGGAUUGAGUCCUCGCGGAGCAGGGUUUACCUUUGGAUAUGAUAUUUCGAAAGCCUUCAAUCGCACCAACGGCCUGGAACUGAUAGUUAGAGCCCACCAACUCAUCAUGGAGGGGUACCAGUGGUCUCAAGACCGUAAUGUAGUGACUGUGUUCUCCGCACCCAACUACUGCUACCGCUGCCGUAACCAGGCAGCUAUAAUGGAGAUUGACGAACGUAUGCGAUUUACAUUCUUACAAUUCGACCCGUCCCCGGUGAGGGAACCCCUGGAACAACCUGAAGAGAAUGUAGACUACCUACUAGAAGAUCUGAAAUACAUCAAUUAAAAUCGUU